AUGUUGCGAACUGGUUUGGUCUUAGUCCUGGUGGUGGCCCUCUGUGGCGCCUCUACGUUUCCCCUGGUGAAGCCCAUCCAGGGGAGCAAGCCCUGGAGGCCUCGUCUGGAUGGCCGGAUCGUCGGUGGUUCCGCUGUCAGCAUCUCCCAGUACCCGUGGCAGCUCUACUUCACCAUGGGCAACUACAUGUGUGGCGCCUCAAUCAUCAGCAACACCUGGGCUCUCUCCGCGGCCCACUGUGUAGACGGCUACUCCACCAGCCAGAUGCUGCUGCGCGCUGGCACCUCCACCAGGGGUAGUGGUGGCACCACCCACAACAUCGCCACCGGCUACAUGCACGCGAGCUACUCUAAUUACGACUACGACAUCGCCGUCCUGCAGGUAUCCAACGCCUUCAGCUUCAACAGCAACGUGCAGGCCGUGAGUCUGACCUCGUCGGAGCCCUCUGCUGGAACGACCGUAACAGCCACCGGUUGGGGAGCCACCUCGUCCGGCGGCAGCGCCUCCAACACGCUGCUGGCGGUGAACGUCCAGAUCAUUGACCGCAACACGUGCAACCGUUCGUAUGGCAGCAUCACAAGCCGCAUGAUCUGCGCAGGAGUGACCGGAGGCGGCAAGGACGCCUGCCAGGGAGACAGUGGCGGUCCUCUGGUGUCCGGCUCCACCCAGGUGGGCAUUGUCUCCUUUGGCAACGGAUGCGCCUUGGCCAACUACCCGGGGGUUUACACCAACGUAGCCAACCUGAGGUCCUGGAUCCAACAAGCUUCUGGCGUCUAA